UAAACUUUUCUUGCUUAUUUAUUCAAUAAAGAGUUUUAUUUUCAGUUGCCAAUUUAUAUGAAUAGAUCAUUGUUGUGAUGGCAAGUUAAUUAUUUCACUCUGUCAUGCUAUAAAUAGUCUUCCAUUGAAGGAGGAUAACUCAAAUUAAAGAUGGGGGCUUCACAGUCACAAGUCUCAGAACCAACUGUAGCAAACAAUAAUGUCAAGCCACAGAACCUGGUAAACCAUGCCCAGCCAAUGGAAAAACCAGCACACCCGGAGCUUGUUAAUACCCAAGCCAAGGCCAUGGAGAAAACAGAGGCAAUUAUACAACUUCCACAGAACUAUAAAGCCAUCUUGAAAGAUGCCGACUCACCUGUUGAGAGCUCCUCCAUGGAUAAGUUGCUUUCUCAGCUCCAUGCCGGGGUUUACUUAAACCAAAAGAGAAAGAAGUACUGGGUGGAUAAGAAGUCAAACAAAAACUGUUUCAUGUUGUUUGCAAGAGAUCUCUCAAUCACUUGGGCGGAAGACCACCGUUACUGGCACUGGACAAACCAAAAAGAAAUAAACAGCGAUGUGUUCAUUGAUGUUGCCGAACUUCUACAAGUGUGUUGGCUAGAAAUACAUGUGAAAUUCGAUGUGGCAAAGCUCUCACCGGGAACUUUGUAUCGAGUUGUGUUCGUGUUUAUGUUGAGAGAUGAAGCAUUUGGAUGGGAAUUUCCAGUGAACUUCAGACUCACUCUUCCAAAUAGGUUCAAGGUUGAACACAAGGAAAUUUUGAUGACCAAGCCGAAAGGAGUAUGGAUCGAAAUCCCGGUCGGAGAAUUUACAACUUCAUCGGAAAGUGUUGGGGAAAUAGAUAUAUACUGCCAUGAAUAUGAUAUAGGGAACUGGAAGAGCGGACUUAUUGUUAAAGGAGUUUCCAUUCUGCCAAAGCACUAAGUUAUAAAUUAGUAUUUUCACAGAAUAAAUAUCUGAAAGAAGUACUGCAGUUUUUACGUCAA